AUGGUAGUGGUGGUGGCGGUGGGAGUGAGGUGUGAAGGAGGUGGGGGUGAUAGUGAUGGUGGUGGUGGGAGUGAGGUGGUGGAGGUGUUGGUGGUGGUGGAGGUGGAGGUGGCAGUGGCAGUGGUAGUGGCAGUGAUGGUGAUGAUGCUGGCAAUGGUUGUGGUGGUGGUGACGGUGGAGCUGAUAGUGGGGGUGGUAGUGGUGGUAGAGGUAAGGGUAAGGGUAGUGGUGGAGGUGGUGGCAGUGGCAGUUAUGGUGAUGGUGAUGGUGAUGGUGCUAGCAGUAGUGGUGGUGACGAUGGGGGUGAUGGUGGGGCUGGUAGUGGGGGUGGCAGCGGGUGGUGGUGGUGCUAAGAGUGGCGGCGAUGGUGGUGGUGCUGGCGGCGGCGACAAUGAUUAUGGUGGUGGUGGCGGCGGUGGCUAUGGUUAUAGUCAUGAUAAGAUGGUGGUGGUAGAAGUGAGUGCUAACACAAAGGCAAAGGCAGGAUUCACAAUAAAAUAA